AACUCGGACCAAAACAAAUCAUCGAUUUAAAAUUUUUAGAGUUGUGUCUCAUUUCUUUUAUUUUCUACCCGUCGUUUUAGAAAAAGUAACCAUGUGAAUGGUUUUGUUAAAGAUUGAUUAUUAAGUUUUAGAUUCGACGAGCGCUUGAAAGAACGAAAUAAACCCUGUUUAGUAUAGACACAAUGCUAUCGGACACGCAAGGUGCGUUGUCACCGGCGCGAAGUGAUGACAACAACCCUUUUUUUGAGGGGUGUGGGCGAGAAGGGCCCAUUCGGUGUAUUUUCUUCAGCGAAUUUCAUCCUACUGCAGGUCCCAAAAUUUCCUGCCAAGUUCCUGAGGAUUAUAUCUCAAAGGAAGUGUUUGAUGCCGUGUCUGUCUACAUAAUUCCAAAACAGCAAUUGCAGAGAAGCAUUUUGACUGUUAAUGUUCUAGGCCACAAAAUCACAGGCUUCCCGAUAAACAUCCCAAAUAAGAAGUACGCCCGAAACGCAUUUUACUUCAACCUCUGCUUUGUCUGCGAUGCCUGGGCCCGCACAGUGCAGUACGAGGGUGUUGUCAAGAAACUUGCAGAGUAUUUGAUGAUGAUGGAAUUAGAAAGCAAUUUCCUGUCAAACGAGCUGCAACUGGCUCCGGAGAAAUGCAAACUGCCGUCGAUUUUGCAGCAAAUCUUGUUUGAUCUGAACUCGAAAAAAAGCUGCACCAUUACUGCAGAAGGCACAACAAACAUGCACCUGAAGGUGGUCAAGGUCGCCUCGGAUCCGCCGGCCAUUCUGGACCACCAAGUUCCCAUUUUCACAGUCAACGUUCAAAAUUUUACCAAGGAGAUGUGGGACCUAACCACUCAACAGGUGCUGCCUUUUAUAAACGGAUUUAAUCACGUGGCGAAGAUCGCAGCAGAAGCCGAUGUGGAGAGUAAUCUUGUCAAAGCUUGCGUGCAGAAUCUAGUCUAUUAUGGCGUGGUGCAGUUGAUUCCAAUAUUCCAGUACAGCAAUGUCUACUGCGCCACUCCAGCCUUGCAGAAAUUGUCUGACGACGCCCACAGUCAGGAGGAUUGCCUCAAAUACGUGGCUCGAUCAGAAAGCAAUCUGCCGGCGCUUCGCGAUGUGUUCAACAUGUACUGCAGCAUGACCCACGGCAUCACCCUGAAAGACCUAUGCCUCAGGUUGAACCCAUACACCCUGAAAAUCGACGAGCAGAAAUUAGUGCAGUAUGGACUUCUUCAGGGAUACAUUCGCAGGAUCGACAAGAUUCCAGUUCAUUCGGGCAGCACUCACGGGUCUGAGCUGCCAACUGCGAUGACCUUGCAGCAGCACUUCAACGGCGUCAACACGUACGACGAAAUUUGCUGCUUAUCCGGACUGUCGGCGGCGCAGCUGGAUCAAAUCGUCGACUCGGAUCCGACCGUUUUUAUCAUAUGGAAGUGAUUUAUCAUGUAUCAGACUGAUUGUUGGAG